AUGAAGGAUAUUUUAUCUAAUUAUUCAAACCUCAUAUAUCUUAACAAAUAUGUGAAAGAAAAGGAUAAAUAUAUAAAUGACUAUAGAAUUAUCAGAACGUUAAAUCAAGGCAAAUUCAACAAAAUAAUUUUGUGUGAAAAAGAUAAUAAAUUCUAUGCCUUAAAGAAAUAUGAGAAAAGCUUGUUAGAAAAAAAAAGAGAUUUUACAAAAAGUAAUAAUAACAAGAUUUCAAUAAAGUCCAAGUAUGAUGAUUUCAAAAAUGAGCUACAAAUAAUAACAGAUAUAAAAAAUGAAUACUGUUUAACUUGUGAAGGUAUCAUAACAAAUUAUGAUGAGGUAUAUAUAAUAUAUGAGUAUAUGGAAAACGAUAGUAUUUUAAAAUUCGAUGAAUACUUUUUUGUCUUAGAUAAAAAUUACACUUGUUUUAUUCCUAUACAAGUUAUUAAAUGUAUUAUAAAAAGUGUAUUAAAUUCAUUUUCUUAUAUUCACAAUGAAAAAAAUAUUUGUCAUAGAGAUGUGAAACCAUCAAAUAUAUUGAUGGAUAAAAAUGGAAGAGUAAAAUUAUCAGAUUUUGGAGAAUCAGAAUAUAUGGUAGAUAAAAAGAUAAAGGGGUCAAGG